AUGCCAAUCACCAGAAACAGCGCAGGACGUGGCGAGAAGCUUGACGACCUAGUCAGCAGUGUAUCAGGACGCCGCUACAUCGAAGAGAUUAUACAACAGGCAGUCAAGAAAAACGUCAAGGAAGCAGUCAAGGGAGAGCUGGGAAGGCUUGCCACGAAGCUCGACAAGUUCAUGGAGCGGAUUGAAGAGGAAAACCGCGUGUUUGGCCAGAAGUUGGACGAGAUUCGCGAUGACUUGGACAUGGAGCGCAGAUACUCGAAGAAGGCGCGCACUGAGGAGAGCAAGAAGCCGGUGCCUCCUGCUGUGCAAUACCUGCCGAUAACGCCAAGCGAGAUCAACAUGGUGAAGCAGGCCAUGGGCCGUGUUACCUGGCACCGCUGUCCCAAUGGACACCACAAGGAACUCCCAGACCUGAACGGGUUUCCAGUUACCAGUGGCGGUGUUGAGGACAUGGUCCAGCAGGCAGUGAAGGAAGCGGUGGGCAAUGAGCUGGAGCACACCACAACGGUAGUCAACAAGCAGUUUGACAGUCUUCUAGCAAUUGUGGACAAAACCAGCAGAACUGGACACUCAGCCUCUAGCAAUGGACCAGCAGGAGCGGUGCAGUAUCUGCCGGUGUCAAACGAUGAGAUAGCCAUGGCCAAAAGGGCUCUGUCAGCAUAUCAGUGA